AUGAAAUUGUCAAAUGAAGCUAUUAUUAAAUGCGGUGUUCCACAAGGAUCAAUUUUGGCUCCAUUGCUAUUUCUAACAUUUAUCAAUGAUUUUCCAAACUGCCUUGUUAAUUCCAAAGCUGACCUUUAUGCUGAUGAUACUCAAGUGUAUACUGCAUCGCAGAAUAUAUCUGAACUUGAAAUUAAGCUAAAUAAAGAUCUAGCUGAAAUUGAAGUAUGGCUUCGUGCUAACAGAUUACAAGUCAACAUCACUAAAACCGAAUACAUGUUAAUCGGAACUGACCACAGACUAAGUAAUUUGGACCAUGAACCAGUCCUAAUACUCAAUCAUAACAUUCUCAAGCGAGUUUCAAAAUAA